AUGUAAAAAUAAUCAUUAAUUCUUUAGUAAAAGGCUCCAAAGAAUAUAAAUGAACUUGAUUAAGCAUUUAAAUUAAUAGACUAGAAAUUAGAUUCUCCAAAUUCAUAAUUAUUACUAAUGAAAACUAGAUUUAUAUCUAUUGAUCCUAUAAUGAGAGUAUGGAUUUCUGGAGCAAAAACGUAAUUUAUUAUAUUCUAAAUUUAUUAGUUAUUUACCUGCAUUAUAAGAAAAUGAUAUAAUACAUGCAUUUACACUGAGUUCUCCUGUAGAUAAUUCAAAUGAUAUAUAUUUUGGUCCUGCUGGAUUACAAACUCAUUUUUUAUAUGAUAAAUCUAAUAAAUAGAAAUAGUUAAUAAAAGUUCCAAGAUAAAUGUUAUAAAUGAUAUAAAAAUGUGAAUUACAAAACUCAAAUUUACUUACCAUUAUAUUAAAUGGCUUACCAGCAUAUUAUGGAUUGAUUGACUUUUGUAAGAUUUAAAAAGGAUAGAGAGUUGUAAUAUCAGCAGCUGCUGGAGCAACAGGAUUAUUUUGUAUUUAACUUGCAUUAAAUAUGGAAUGUGAUGUUAUAGGAUUCACAGGAGAUUAAGAAAAAAUAAUAUUCCUAUAAAAGUAAUUUCCUAAUAUAAGAAUUAUAAAUUAUAAAUUAAAUAAUUGGGAUAAGUAAAUUGAAAAUAAUAGUGUUGAUUGUUAUUUUGAUAAUGUUGGUGAGUAAAUGCUUGAAUUAAUGAUUAAAAAAAUGAAGAAAAAUGGAAAGAUUGCGUUAUGUGGAUCAAUGGGCAGUUCUUCAAAUUAUAAUGAAAGAUAAGGAUUGAGUAAUAUUAAUUAGAUAAUUUAUAAGUAAUUGAAAUUGAAGGGUAUUACUUUCAAUUAAGAAUUAAAUAAGUAAAUAUUUCUAUUAUAUUAGAAUUCAAGCUGCAUUUGGUUAUUUAUUUUAAUAAUUUCAAUAAAAAAAAUUGAGAAUCUUUUAAGAAGAAUAUAAUUAAUUAUAUGAUACUCCUUUAGCACUUAAACGAUUAUUUUAAGGUAAAAACAUAGGGAAAAUUAUAGUAAAUUUAGAUAAUUAAGCUAAAUUAUGA